AGAAAACCAACCCAAAACACUUUGGAUUCCGACAAAGCAAACUCACCCGUCAUCUCUCUGCAGUUUUUCUUUGACUCCCUCAAUAUAUAACGCCUUCCCUUUUCCCCCCUUUCCCUUUCUCUAGCCCAAAGCAAAGCCAUCUCGCGCUUCGUCCUUCAUUCCAAUCCCAUCUCUCUUUUCCAAUUUUAGGGUUCUCCCUCAUUCCCAAAACCCCCAGUCUCCUCUCUCCUUCAUCUCUCACCUCUUCAAUGGCUGCCUGUGACCUCCCAAUCAUGUCAAUUGCUGGGCCUUCUCCAGCUUCUAAAGUUAUGGACGACAGUUAUGAAGAAUCCUGCAGCAUCUGCCUCGAGCCUUUCACUGUGCAAGACCCCGCCACUGUGACCAAUUGCAAGCAUGAGUACCAUCUGCAGUGCAUUCUCGAUUGGUGCCAGAGAAGCAAAGAAUGCCCAAUUUGUUGGCAGCUCCUUUCCCUGAAAGAACAAUCCAGUCAAGAGUUGUUAGCUGCUGUUGCGGCCGAGAGGCAUUCGAGGUUAACGAUCCUAUCUCGUCCUGCAUCCGCCACCAGACCUUAUCUCUUUGACAAUUUUGAUGUAGAACAGGACUCCUACUCAGAUGAUUCGGACUUUGACGAGCGUAUAGGGCAGCAUCUUGCUGCAGCUGUGUACAGAGCUCGCCAGUUCCAGAGGAGGGAGAAUAGGUCCCCACCUCGACUCGGUACUUCCAGGGUGUUCGUCUUUGAACCCCAUGCGGUUGAUUUCAGGAAUGAUCAGCAAAUUUCAUCUGGUGGCCUCAGUUUGAGUCCUGCCUCAUCUGGAAGUGCUUCACCAACUUCUCCCAUACCGUCACUUACCCACCUCAGGAACUCCGAGGACGCGAUUUCCUAUGAUCGCCCCAAUGGCCUGUUCAGGACUGGGAUUCUCUUCGGACAGUCACAAUCCGAAAGCCCCGACGAGCCAGGUUCUUCGAGGAUUGUGUCAUUGUCUGACUCCAUCAAAUCCAAAUGGGUUGCUGCUUCAUCCAAAUACAAGGAAUCGAUCACGAAGGGCACUCAAGGUAUAAAGGAAAAGUUGCUUGCACGUAACAACUCGGUUAAAGAACUGAGCAAAGGAGUCCAGCGAGAAAUGAGUGCCGGAAUUGCAGGCGUUGCAAGAAUGGUGGAAAGAUUAGAGCUUUCCUCCUCGAAACGCAGCAGCCCAGCUGGUUCCGGGGAAACCGGCUCAAGUUUCUGCUUCAAGGGGAAAAAUGUGGAGGACAAUUCUCUUGCUAGAGCUCUCCAGAAAGACGAGGCAAUGGAGGAGAUCAGCCUCGGUGGCCACCGCCCUUCCACACCUGUCCCUUGCCAUUCAAAAGUUUCUCAUCUCCAGAUGGGUCAUUGAUUGUUGCAGUUGAGUGCAAUCCGCCAUUUUCAAGAGUCUUUCAACAACCGUGUGCUUUCUUUCUGAAGAAAUGGAUGCUAGAGAAGAGCAAAUAUGCAAGUGACGGCUUUUCGAAGAUUGAAGAAAACCAAUUCCCUUGAUGGGUCUUUGCGUCCUGCAUUUUUUUGCCAUAACCGAUUAGCCUCUUGAGCGAGCAUUUACGAGCCUUCUACUGAUCUCCAAGACUCUCCCAUUACGGAGGAUCCGGUGAUAAGUUUCGAACUUUGGAACAACUUACCUGUAAACUAGCCUCCGAGGCUAAUCCUUAAUUUAAGUAUAUUAUAAUUUCGUGUUGGAUUCUGAGUAUUGAUCAAUGUUACAGGCAUGUAUAAGAAAGGAGAAAAAACAAAGGGAAGCUUUCUUUUUCUGCAUCGAGAGAAGAGUUGGUGUUACAAAGGCUUUUAUUUCCCAACUCUCCUAACUAUGAGUGUAAUGCCAUGUACUGCAAUAACCUGAAGUGAAAUAUGCCAAU